UGAGUAGGCUAUCUAUAUAUAAUUCAAAUGUGAAAUACUUGCCAUUCAACGAGUACGUACCCAAGUGAAGCGAAGAGAAGACAACGGGCCACAACUACAGGCCGACGGCGAGAGGCCACAACAACAAACACACAUUGCAAAGCACACAGCUCUGCUCUUCUAAUCGCAAAACGUUGUCUGGCGCUGCCUGGCCCUAACCGCACCGCAUUGGGGGAAAAAAACGAAAGAACGAACCGACGAAGAGACAACAACAAAGAGGCAGCCAAAACAGCAGCAGAAGGAACGGGGCGCCAAAUACCGAGCAGAGGGCAGGGGCAAGCAGAGAGAGGCAGCCACAGCUACAGCUACAGCUAGCGAUGGCACACCAGGCAGGCACAGAGGCCUUGGCUGCCGAACUGGCCAAGGCUGUGGAGGUGAUAAUGCAUCCCAUGACGCAGCAGAACUCUCGACUGGAGGCAUACAUGGCCUGCGAGCGAUUCAAGGAGGAGUCGCCGCUGUGUGCACAGGUCGGCCUCUUUCUGGCCGGCUCGCCCCAGUUCAAUCAGCAGGUGCGCCACUUCGGCCUGCAGCUGAUCGAGUACACAAUCAAAUACAAAUGGAAUUGCAUCACCCACGAAGAGAAGGUCUACAUCAAAGACAAUGCCAUCAAGAUGCUGAACAUCGGUGUGGGCCCCGCGGAAGAUCGCUCUCUGAUGCCCCUGAAGAAUGCCCUGUCCAAGAUCAUUGUCGAGAUGAUAAAACGCGAAUGGCCGCAGCAGUGGUCGGACCUGCUGCCCGAGCUUAGCCAGGCCUGCACCAAUGGCGAGGCCCAGACGGAGCUGGUCCUGAUGGUCUUUCUGCGUCUGGUCGAGGACGUGGCCCUGCUGCAGACCAUCGAGUCGAAUCAGCGCCGCAAGGACAUGUACCAGGCCCUCAACAACAACAUGAACGACAUCUUCGAGUUCUUUCUGCGGCUCGUCGAGCAGCAUGUGACGGCCUUUCGCGAAACCACGCGUCUGGGCAACUUUCACAAGGCCAACGCCCACAGCCGUGUGGUGGAAAUGGUACUCCUCACUCUCAGCGGGUUUGUGGAGUGGGUCAGCAUCCAGCACGUGAUGUCCAACAAUGGCAAACUGAUGCAUUUCCUUUGCAUUCUACUGAACGACAAAGCAUUCCAGAGCAAUGCGGCCGAAUGCCUCGCCCAGAUCACCAAUCGCAAGGGCCAGGCCAAGGAGCGGAAGCCCCUCAUGCAGCUGUACAACGAGGAGCCGCUGCGCUACAUCUUCUCAUCCAGCCAGAUACCGGCCGACACUAGUUCCUCGCUGGCCAUCGAGCAGCAGCACUUGUUCCUCAAGAAGCUGCUGGCGGUGCUCAAUGGCAUGAACCAGCAGCUGGUGGCGCUGUGGGGCAAGGACGAGUCGACACAGCGUCCAGUGCAUUUGGAGAUAAUGCUCGAGUGCCUGCUGCUGCUAGUGCAGCAUCCAUCGCUGAGCGUCGCCCAUGGAGCCGCACAGAUCUGGCAGCUGUUGCUCAAGCAUGAGCUCUGCUCGAAGGACUUUGCCAUGAUCAACUACAUUCCCAAACUGAUCCACACUAUUGCCCCGAGGAUUGUGAAGCUGCCGUAUCCGCCGGCCAGCUCGCCCACGAGCCUCACCACAGAGUCGUACAUCCGCAUGGACUACGACAGCGAGGAGGAGUUCACGCUGUACUUUUUUCGCUGCCGCACCGACUUCCUGGAGAUCUUUCGCCUGGCCACCCUCGUCCAGCCCCUGAUCACGUACGGCUUCUGCGAGCAGUGGCUGCAGUCGCGGCUCCGCAAUGCCGUCGCCGAGAGCGCCGGGAUGUCGUGCAGCGUACUGGAUCCUGUCUACCUCGAAUGGGAUGCCCUCGUGAGUGUACUGGACGGUGUGCUCAGCCGCAUACUGCUCGUCUCGGAGCGUCCGUCGGUGCCGGCCGGCCUGCGCCUGCUGGAGGAUUGCCUGAAGCUGGAGACCACCAAUCCGCUGAUCUACUCGAUCUUGUUGUCCUGCAUAUCGGCCCUGUUCGUCUUUCUCAGCAUGUCCUCGUGCCAGAUAACCUCCAACAACUGUGUGGCCAUGAACGGAGUCACCCUGUUGCCCCGCGUCCUGGACAAGAUCUUUCGCGCCCUCGUCCUGAAGCCGCCCAACGAGCUGGAAAAGGUGCAGGUCAAGUCGGCCAAGAAUCUGCGCCGCCAUGCCGCCUCGCUGCUGGUCAAGCUGGCCCACAAAUACCCGCUGCUGCUGCUGCCCGUCUUCGAUCAGAUCAACAAUCACGUGCAGCUCCUGCUGAAGGAGCCCAACCGGCAUCAGCUGUGCCGCGUGAUGCGCACCACCCUGCAGGAGGCCCUGAUCCUCAUCUCCAAUCACUUUUGCGACUACGAACGCCAGACGGCGUUCAUUGAGCACAUCGUGCUGGAGAAGCGGUCCGAGUGGAUCUCCUUUGAGGAGGCCUUCAAGUCGGCGCUGCACUUUAUGCGCUUCGUGGGCCUGGACAAGCCCCCCGUCUUUGCCAUUGACAGCGAUCCCUCGAUUCCGAACCGGACGCGAAUCAUAGACGCCCUGCAUGUGGUUCUGGGCGUUGUCAAGCGGUGCACAUGGCCCGACGAUCCGGACCGGGCACAGCGCGGCGGCUUUGUGAUCGCCUGCACCGAGGUGGGGAAUCCCAUUUGCCGCAAUCCGGCCACCAAGCAUGUGGUGCCGGUGCUCUCCCACGUUCUCACUUUGAUGCGUGUCCUCAACGAGAUGUUCACCCCCGAGGCGUUGGCCGCCCUCUCCGAAGGAUACCGCAACAUACACGGCAUGCUCGAGCACGAAAAGAAGCUGCUGAUGGGCAUCUGUGCCCUGCCAGCCGAUCCCCUGGACACCACCAUCAAGCGGGAGCCGACCGCCUUCGAGAAGAUGCAGACAUUCAUGAUGCUGGUCACGGAGGGGUGCUACCAUCUGAUGGGCUCGGCGGGACCAUCGCUGGGGCGCGAUCUCUAUCAAUUGAAUGGCAUGGCAAAUGCCAUCAUCACGAAUGUCUUUAGCUGCAUGGACAUCAUUCCGGACUACCGCAUGCGCCCCAUUAUCCGGGUGUUCUUCAAGCCCUUCGUCUACUCCUGCCCGCCCAUCUUCUACGACGACGUGCUGGUGCCCUUGUUCGCGCAUCUGACGCCGCUGAUGUGCGAACGCCUCACCAGACGCUGGCUAUACAUAUCAUCUCUGUACGAGAGCGGUCAGCUCACUGGCGAGGUCAAUGAUACCCAGGAGGUGCUCGAGGAUCAGCUGAACCGCACCCUGACGCGUGAGUAUCUCGAUGUCUUGAAGAUAGCGCUGGUGGGUGGCCAGAUCGGGUCCGAUCAUGUGGCCUCUGGCGGCGGCGGCGGCACCGCCAAUGUCGUGGCCAUGGAGAACGAGGAGCACUCGAUGGACAGUGCCCCCCAGUCGCGGGCCUCCCAGUCGGCCCUCCUCUCGGACAUAAUCAGCGAUCUGGGCGGGAAGCUGCUGCGCAACGGCCUCAUCGGCAACUACAUCCUGAUGACCCUGCUGAAGGCGAUCGCCUGGAACGAUGGCAUGGUCAACAUGAAGGCCGUCAAUAUAGCGGCCCCGGUGAUGCGCUUUCUGGCCGCCGAACAUCUGAUGGACGAGAACAAGGCGGUGAGCGCCUUCACGGCCGUCCUCCAGGGCAUGCAGGUGCAUGGCCAGCACGAGGCCAACCAGUCCGGCCUGAUCACAUUGGGUGUGCAGUUCUACGAGCUGUUGCGCCCCAAAUUUCCGAUCCUCAGCGAGGUGCUACAACACAUUCCCAGCGUGAAUGCGGCCGACAUUCAGAAGUUCGAUGAGAAAACCGCCGUGGCCCCCGUCAAGGGGAACAAGGUCGAUCGCGCCAAGAAGGAUAUAUUCAAGAAGCUGACGGCCCAGCUGGUGGGACGCAGUGUUAACCAGCUCUUCCGCCAUGAGGUGCAGAUCGCCAAUCUGCCGCCAAUGCAGCCGCACAAGCUCAAGUCCACGGGCAACAACAUCAUGGACAGCAAUCAAAACGCCAAUCUGACCAAGCUCUUUGGUUCGGAUAAGUGACAGGGGCCGAGGAGGAGGAGAAGGAAGCCCCGCGGCAGCGGAGGAGGAGCAGCAGCCGCCGCCGCCGUACCCUUUGCCGCCACCAAGCACAUCAACAUCGAGAACAUCAACAGCAACACCAACAGCACCACCACAAACGCCUCAGCCGUGGCCACAGUUCCAGUUCCAGUCCCAGUUGCCGAAUCGGGUACGGGUACGGGCACGGGCACGGCCACGGCGACCUCGGCUGCCAAACUAGCGACGACUGAACUUAAAGUAAUAGUUAACUAGCUAAGAAGAUGGAGCCGCUGUUGCUCUCCGUCUCCGGAGAGGAGGAAGCGCGCGUGAAACAGAUGGCGGCGCAUCCCAGCCACAGCCCCAGACCUCAGACCCUAGACCCCGCCUCGCCCCCAGUCCAGUCUUUAAAACAAAAGCAAAUUUUAAUUAUAUUUAUUUAUUAUAUUAAUUAUCUGUUAAAUUAGUUUAGUUAGGUCCCAGCGCCCAGUCCCCCAUCCCAGCCCAAUCCAUGCGCCACGCCCCAGCCAUCGCUCCUAUAUAUAUUUUUGUUUGUAAAUCAUGCAGUGAAGAAGGGACUUGUCCACUGCCUUGUUAUUUAUUAUUCGGAAUUUGUUAAAUUUGCCUGCACAAAGACAGAGAGGAGAGGAGAGGAGAGGAGAGGGAAGUCGGAUAGGAUGGAUAAUACCAAUUGCCAAUACUCGAAAAACGCUUACGUACAGCCAUUAAGCCCGGCCCUUUAAUCCGCCUGUGCCUCACACACACACACACAAACACUUUUUAUAUAUAUAGGCAAAAAAUGAUGAAUGAAUUUGUCCUCUUACCCCGGUUCACCCCCGCAACCCCAGCCCCACAGCCCCCACCCCCUUUGUAUAAUAGAGUUUACCUA